AUGGCACCUGAACACUUGAGGUCGUGCGAACUGGUCGCUGAAGUUGCCAAAGAAGUCUAUGCUUUGGUGAUGGAAUGCGGCAUUCGCCAACGGCAACGACUUGCGGGGGAAGUUGGGACAAGGCUGGGGCAAAUUGCUCAAGAGUCAUUCGCUGGCUAUGAGCUUGACGAGCAAGCUGAAAAGGCUGCUGGAAAGCUGCUGCAUACGCUGCUUGAGAUCUGCAUAUUUCCUACUCCAGCAGGGAGCUGGAUAAUCCCUGGGCAGGACUAUAUCCGCAUCGUGGCGCUGGCAAGACCAGAUAACAGAUCACGACUGAAAAAAUGCAUAUCUAUGGCCUUUAUCACCGACAAAACGCUCCCAAUCAAAGCUAAGGAGCAGUGCGACAUGUUUUUAACCAAACUGAGCCAGGAUGAGCCAAAGAAAAAGACUGGUCUUGACCAGCUCACCACAGGAUCGGCGUUGCCAGAACCAGAUGAGUAUCCUCAGCAUGUCAGCAGGAACCUCUUCGAGGCUCUUCACCAGCACGCGUUCUGUCACCACGCCGAAAUGCCGCAGCAGAAAUCUUGGCUGAAUAAAUCCAAGGAGGUAAAGCCUCAUCAUCAUAUACUCGCUCAUCCUAUAAGACUUCACCUUGAUGCAACGCCGCAUAUACAGAGUAAACAUGCGCAAUUUGAGGUUGUCAUCUCUUCCGAGAACAUGAGUUACUGGCAGCAUUUGUGGCUGGGUAUUCCUAUGCAAACGAAAGGUCGUCAGGGUGGUGUCAAGUUUGCAAAUGUUUCUAGUGACGAGGAGGGAGACGGCAAGAUUUCAACCCUGGAGUGCAUCAACUCCGACUACUUCUGUCAGGUGUUAAGACGUCAACUAUUUGCCAAAGUCAAUCUCAACUUUGUCAAAGGCGUUGGUCUCGUAUCCCUUCCGCCACCUGCUCCUCUUGAGAGAUUUUUAUGCCCGGGCCAAGGACUUCCACUCUCUCUGGUCAUCCAAAGUUACAAGCUCACAGACAAGGAUAAGAUAUUGCUUGCUCAUGCCAUUGCGCAUUCCUUCUGGCAGUUCUAUGAGUCUGAUUUGAUGAGGAAUCGUUGGACAAGUGAUGAUAUUUGGUUCAUGCAUGAGAUGGAUCACCAACAAUCACCGAAAGAUCAACUCGCAUUGCAGGUGUAUAUGUCACUUGACUUCGAGAAUCAACAGCGGACUUCUGAAGAUGAAGACAAGUCAAUGCUGACACACCCGUUUCCGCACAUCCUCGGGUUGGGGCUGAUACUCCUGCAGAUUGGACUUGCGAGACCAUUCACGUCUAUGUUGCAUCUACCACUGACAUCUCGACUGAACAGAGACCAUGGUGCGGCACGACAGCUGCUAGGCGAGCUAGAAAAAGCUCAAUGGGCACGAUCAACACACCGGGAUAUCUUUGCAAGAGCAGUGGCGAAUUGCUUGGAUCCCAGAACAUUCGCCACUUCUAACCCAAAGCCCAAGGCAACGAAGCCAGCCGAUGACCCUGCCACUUACAACGGUGAAGGUGGCAUAAGACGGAAAGUCUAUACUGAAAUUGUCGAACCACUGUCGAAGCUCGUCAAUAUUGCCUUCAAAGCUGAUGCAAAAUACGUAUCCUACUUAGCAAGAUGCAAUGAGGUCGAGAAUCACAACAAGCUCCAUUCUCAAGUGGCCUCCUUUCAUACGGGCAAGACGGCCGUUCCUGAAGAAUGGCUUGACAACUUGAAACAUAUUAGCAUGCAUAUCAUGAAUUUGCGGGACGAAAGGCCAGACCAGGAGUUCAAGCCUGUCAAGAUAGCAGUUUUAGAUACAGGGUGUGACGCAGAGUUGCCAUUUUACAAGAUACCAAGAAGGAAGAAGUCUAUAAAGGCGUGGAAGGACUUCACAAGAGAUGAGAGCGAAGACAAUCCUGAACCAGACUCGAUGGAAGAUGAAUAUGGGCAUGGCAGCCUGAUGACCCGGUUGAUCAUGGAAGCUGCUCCGCUAGCUCACGUUUAUGUGGCCCGAGUUGCUAAGAAUACUGGCGAACUCGAGUUCAGUAGUUAUCAAAUAGCACAGGCAAUUCGGUGGGCCGGACUUGAAGCAGAAGCAGACAUCGUCUCCAUGUCCUUCGGCUUCCCGCAUGACGACGAUGUCAUCUCUGCAGCUAUAGAAGGCGUUGAGCGGAAUCGCGACAUCACAUUCUUAGCCAGCGCAGGAAACAAUGCGGCUUAUCAAAGAGAAGCUUUCCCCGCGAGACAUAGAUCAGUCAUCUCCAUAAGAGCAACAGAUUGCCAGGGGACCUUCAAUGCCAGUAACCCCCCAAUCACAGAUCGAAGCACGGUCGUGCUCGGUACGUUCGGAGACAACUUACCAACCCGCCUCAACGACGAGAUUACCAAACGCUUUGGUCCUCAUAUCUGCCAUCCUGGAUCGUCAAUAGCGACAGCAGUGGCAGCUGCUAUAUCCGCAUCAACAAUAGCUUACGCAGAGGUUCUCUCGACCGUUCUUCCCAUACCAACAGAGCAAAGUCCAGUAAAGUGUCUAAAGAGAACUGAGGGCAUGAGAAGGUUGUUGGAGAAGAUGGCACCGGAUCAGACAGGGCAUAAUAGGUUUAUAAAUCCGAUAUGGUUUUGGAGUGAAAAGGCUGAUGCAUGGAGGGCUUGGGCUGCUAUGUAUGAUGCAGUAUCACCAUUUAUGUACAGAUGA